AUGUCACAUAAAAUAAAACUAAGAGACAGUGUCAUAUACUCCUCGAACCCAAUAAUAAACGAAGAUGACAUUGCAGACUUUGUGUCAAAUAUGAAUACUUAUAAACCUGAUGAACAAUAUGAUGAAAAAAAAAUAAAUGGCGACAGAACGAAUUUAAAUCUUGUUAAAGAAAUACAACUUGGAAGCUUAAAAAUCACUCCUUGGGGUAUGUCAAUCCUUAUCCCCUGCAUAUUGAGAAGCAGGAAUUUAGUUACUCUUAAUUUGUCAAACAAUGACUUGAACAAUGACAGCGUGAAAACCCUGGCAAAAUGCUUAAAGUACCUUCCCCAUUUGACCUCCAUAAACCUGUCUAAUAACAUGAUCAAAUCAGAUGGGGCAAUAGAAAUUGUAGAGGAAUUUUUCCCCCUUAAUUUGACCCCGAAAAAAGAAAAUUCUCAAGGAUGCAACCAAAAGGGUACACAGGAUGAUAACAAAUUAGGGGACAAAUUUUACAUGAACAGUCAGGUAAAAAAUACACCCAAAAGUGGACAAACCAAUUCGCACAAAUAUAUGCGCGAACUGGAUUUGUCAGACAAUUUUUUAGGCCCCAGUGUUUUGCUAAAAUUAGGUCAAGUAAUUAAGAAUGAUAAGAACAGAAUAAUCAAAUUAAACAUAAAAAAUGGAAAAAUUAAUUGCAACAAUUUAUCAAAUUUUUUUAAAAAUUGUACAUAUGUAGAAAAUUUAAACAUUUCUGAAAAUAACAUCACAUCCACAUUAUUUCCACAACACAUAAAAACUUUAUUUGAUGCACAACUUAAUUUAAAAGAAUUACAUUUAUCAAGCAUAUGUUUUUGGAAAAAUAACAUCCAUAAAUACAAAAACGGAAAUGAAAUUUUUAUGCAUUUAAUUAAUCAAUUGAAUAAAUCCCAUAAUUUGUCUAUAUUAACAUUUUCAAACAAUAAAAUUAAUGAUUGUGGUUUAAAAUUUUUUUGUGAUUUUCUAAGAAAUGAAAAAAAUAAUAUUACAGCCAUUGAUUUUUCAAAUAAUGAUAUAUCGGAUAUAAACUGCUUAAGCGAAUCAUUAAAAGAUAACAAAACAUUGAAAAUUAUAAAUCUUUCAAAAAAUAAAAUAACAGAUGAAAAUAUCAAGCAUUUCUGCUAUCAUACCUUAUCAACGAACUUAAACAUUUCAGAAAUAUCCCUAUCACAAAAUCUUAUCACCAAUUUGACAUGUAUCUACAUUGCUGAUGCAUUGGUUAAGCAAUCAAAAUUUAUAGAAGAAUCAACUUAUUUGAAAGUUCAGCAGAUUCAUAGAAAUUCUUCACCACCCAUGUUAUUUACACAUUGCAAAACAAAGGGACAUGUAUCAGAUUACACUGAAUGUGCAACAGAAUGUGUAAGACAGAAGAAAAAGGGGAUGUAUGAUCAAGACAAUAUCUUCAAGCUUGACAAGUCAGACGAUGUGUCUGAAAUUGAUAAAGAUUGCUACCAUACGCGCGAAGAAUUUAAUGAAAUAAACUCACAAAAAUCCACGUUCAAAUCUGACGAAAGUAAUGUUCAAAGCAGUUUUACUUGCAUUCAUAAAUCAAUCUCUAUGCAGGAAAAGAAAUCAAAAAAGAUGAAAUUAAAAAAUAAUGAUAUACAAAGGAUACAAGAAGUAAAAGAUUUAAUUGCUAGUCGACAUAACGAUGAGAAUGAUUUCUUUUCAUGUAUUGGUGUAACAAAUUUUAAUAGAGCUAGCGAAACGUCCAAAAUUUUAUAUUUGCAAGAAAAAAGAAGAAAUUUAAUAUAUAAAAAAAAUGAUCAUUUUUAUAAUUCUUAUAAUUCAUUUUCUAUCAACUGUUUUAAGGGAUUAAAAUAUUUAAAUCUGACAGGUUGUAAUAUAAAUAGCGAAGGAAUAUCAUCCAUUAUAAAUUCAUUGAACACCCCUUAUUGUCCAUUAGAAUUUUUAGAUAUUUCCUCCUAUUCUCAGGGAUUAACUGAAACUAUACUUCAAGCAUUUACGACAUUGAUAAGAGACAAAAAAUAUAAGUUCAUAAAAAAUAAAAAUUUUCAUUUUACGCAUUUACCUCUAACCGUUCGAGGAAUACCACCAACAUUAAUUCACAUAAAUGAUUCGGACGAUAACACAGAUGAAGAUAGCAUAGAAUCAGAUUGGUGGAACUACAAGCAAGCCGAUUAA